GCCUCAGUCAGGUUUGCGAUCUGCUCGCGAUCGGAAGGAUCGAUUUAUACGUACAUACAUAGGAUAGAUAGAGCGAACCACGGUAGCUCCGUACAGGAGAUCCGUAUCGUUCCGUUUCUGCGCGCGACACGGUGUGCAUCGUUUUCCCCGAAUCGGGCCCUGCAGUUUCCAUUCAAUUAUGGACUAUAGUUUCUGUUGAGUUUUCUCGUUGUGAAUCGCAGGUCGAAUUCGUUUCAUUCGCGAUGGGAAGCCCGCAUUCGAAGGAUGCCCGUAACAAACAACGAACUUGCAAGGUGAUCCACGGCAGUAGUCGGUCAGUCUGCAACGGCAAAUCUCCGAGCAUGUCGAGCCUCGAGAGGGAUCAGCUUGGCAGUCGAGGAAACGGCGAUGCCCUGUGCGCCGGCAUGAUUCGCGGCAUGGAUCAUCUGAAGAACCCCCAAUUGAACAAGGGGAUGGCAUUUACCAUCGAGGAGAGGCAAACCCUGGGUAUACACGGUCUCCUGCCAGCGGUCGUGAAAACUCAGGACGAACAAUUGGAGCUGUGUCGUCUGAAUCUCGAUCGUUAUCCCGACGAUCUAUCGAAGUACAUCUAUCUGAUAGGUCUACUCGAUAGGAACGAGAAACUGUUCUACCGUUUGCUAGGAGACGAUGUAGCGAAAAUGAUGCCUCUGGUGUACACUCCCACGGUGGGUCUGGCUUGUCAAAAGUUCGGUUUGAUCUACCGUAGACCCCGUGGUUUGUUCAUCAGCAUACACGACAAGGGACACGUGUACGACGUUUUGAAAAAUUGGCCGGAACACGAUGUGCGCGCCAUCGUCGUUACGGACGGAGAAAGAAUACUUGGUUUGGGCGAUUUGGGGGCGUACGGCAUGGGAAUCCCCAUCGGCAAGCUGUCCCUGUACACCGCGUUGGCUGGCAUCAAGCCUAACCAGUGUCUUCCCAUCACUUUGGAUGUCGGAACGAAUACUCAGCUUUUGUUGGACGAUCCGCUCUACAUCGGUCACAGACACAGACGCGUCACUGGCCAGGAGUACAACGACUUCGUGGACGAGCUCAUGAGCGCAGUGGUCAAACGAUACGGUCAAAAUACUCUGAUUCAAUUCGAGGAUUUCGGCAAUGCCAAUGCGUUCAGGUUACUGAGCAAGUAUCGCGAUCGCUACUGCACCUUCAACGACGACAUCCAAGGAACUGCUUCGGUCGCUGUCGCCGGCUUGUUGGCGUCCCUUCGUGUCACAGGCACGAAACUUUCGGACAACACGAUCGUUUUCCAGGGUGCCGGGGAGGCAUCGUUGGGUAUCGCGUGGCUGUGCGCGAUGGCAAUGAUGGACGAAGGCGUCACCGAGGAGCAAGCCAAGAGCAAGAUAUGGAUGGUAGACUCGAAAGGAUUGAUCGUGAAGGACCGUCCAAGCGGCGGGAUAACCGAACAUAAGUUGCACUUUGCACGUGGCGAUGCGCCAAUCGACACGUUGUUGGAGGUGGUGAAAACAGCGAAACCAACGGUUCUCAUUGGCGCUGCCGCGGUGGGCGGCGCUUUCACGACCGAAAUCCUGGAAGAAAUGGGAAAGAACAACGACAAACCGGUGAUUUUCGCCCUCAGCAAUCCGACCAGCAAAGCAGAAUGUACCGCCGAGGAAGCGUACGUUGCUACGAAGGGAAAAUGCAUAUUUGCCAGUGGAUCGCCUUUCUCUCCGGUGACCUACGAAGGCAAGACUUUCAACCCUGGCCAAGGGAAUAACAGCUACAUCUUCCCCGGCGUUGCGUUGGGAGUUAUAUGCGUCGGUAUGCGCACAAUUCCUGAAGAAGUGUUCCUAGUGUCUGCCAGAAAGUUGGCCGACAUAGUCUCGCAAGAAGACUUGGACUCUGGAAACCUGUAUCCACCGUUGCAGGACAUUCAGAAGUGUUCGUUGAAGAUAGCCGUCGAGGUCGCGAAAUACGCCUACGAGAACAAGCUUGCAUCGGUUUAUCCGGAGCCGAAAGAUCUCAAGGAGUUCAUCGAGGCACAACUGUACGACACAUGUUACAAACCGUCUGUACCCCCGGUAUACGCCUGGCCUCAGUAAUUCAGUCGGGCGCACGGUUUUAACUAUGAAAACGAUAUGUUGACGAUUAUAAAUCUUCCGACUGUUAGGUAUCGCUUCCGAUAAAAUCCAAAUAUGUUGAAUACUCGCAUGUCGCGUAUUUCACAACAUUGUCUUUUUUUUUAUUCGGCAUUAGAUUCCGAGAGAUAACCUGUUGAGCAGGAUCGUAUGUAGCCGAUUAACGAGUUCCGUGCACGUGUGUAAGAGAGGAUAUAUGUUGCGUGAGUGUUGCAUACUAAGGCAAAUAUCGGUGUUUCCGUUCGUGUGAGUCGUCGAUCGCGUUAAAUUAUUAUUGGGAUGAAGCUUAAAUCAACUGGUUGAAUUAAUAAAAAGUUCGUAUGAUUAUUUGAAA